AUGGGUACAGGAAAGAAGGAGGCCGCUCGUAAAGAGCGGCAGGGGAAGGUCGACGAUGGCAUGGCAAAUGUCAAGUCCAAAGGUGAAAAUUUCUACCGCGAUGCCAAGAAGAUCAAGACCUUGAACAUGUUCAAGGAUGGCAAGGCACGCCGCAACGCACGGGGUGAAAUCACAGUCGCUGCGAGUUAUCAAUCCAGAGAUGUGCCCACAGCCCGCAUCGAGCCACACCGUAAAUGGUUUGCCAACUCGCGAGUCAUCUCGCAAGAGGCAUUAUCCUCGUUCCGUGAUGCUGUUGCUGAGCGUGCUGCCGAUCCCUACCAAGUUCUUCUGAAGACCAACAAGCUCCCCAUGAGUUUGAUUCGGGACAAUGACACGGUCAACGGACUGAAGCAACAUCAGGCUAAGAUGGCUAUUGAGACUUCUCCUUUCAAUGAUACCUUCGGCCCCAAAGCCCAGCGCAAGCGGGUCAAGCUUGGUGUCUCGUCUCUUGAAGACCUUGCUGGCGAGACUGCUAAGCUGCAAGACUCCUACAUCGAAAAGAACGAUGAGGGAACCUACGCAGAUGGAAGUGCGAUUGUCCGCGGCGAUGACACUGCCGCCGUGGAAGACCUUGGUCUGCUCACUACAUCUCGUGAAUCUGUGUUCCUUAAGGGACAGAGUAAGCGUAUCUGGAACGAGUUGUACAAGGUCAUUGACUCUUCCGAUGUCAUUCUCCAUGUCCUGGAUUCUCGUGAUCCUGAAGGUACCCGUUGCAGAAGUGUUGAAAAAUACAUUCGCGAGGAGGCUCCUCACAAACACUUGGUUUUCGUUCUGAACAAGUGUGAUCUCGUCCCCACUGGCGUUGCUGCCGCUUGGGUUCGCCAUCUUUCUAAGGAUUACCCUACUCUUGCAUUCCAUGCCAAUAUCAACAACUCUUUCGGCAAGGGUUCUCUGAUCUCUCUGCUCCGUCAGUUCUCAUCACUCCACUCGGACCGUAAACAGGUCUCGGUUGGUUUGAUCGGCUACCCCAACUCGGGCAAGUCUUCCAUCAUCAACACUCUCCGCAACAAGAAGGUGUGCACAGUCGCUCCCAUCCCGGGUGAAACCAAGGUGUGGCAGUACAUCACUCUGAUGAAGAGAAUCUACCUCAUCGAUUGCCCCGGUGUCGUUCCUCCCAACCAAAAUGAUACCGCAGAGGAUAUUCUUCUCCGUGGUGUUUGCAGAGUUGAGAACGUUCACAACCCUGAACAAUAUAUUCCUGCUGUCCUCAAGCGUGUCCUGCCCCGUCACCUUGAGCGUACCUAUGGUAUCAAGCACCAAGAGAACUACCUGGACUGGCUCGCCCUUCUUGCCCGCCAGGGUGGUCGUCUUCUCAAGGGAGGUGAAGCCGAUCUGGACGGUGUCGCCAAGAUGGUGAUCAACGAUUUCCUUCGAGGAAAGAUCCCCUGGUACACACCCCCACCCAAGCCUCCGGGCAAGGACGAGAACAGCGAGAAGGGUGAUGCGCCUGCCGAGGGCGUCGAGGGUCGUGAAGGCCGUCUUGGCGAGAUGCCUCGCAAGCGCAAGUUGGAUGAAAACAACGAGCCUGCUGCCAAGGAAUCCAAGACUGAGUCCGCUCAGCAAGAUGCCGCAGAUCCCGAUGACAGCGACAAUGAUUCCAUCGCCAACAUUGAGGUCAGCGAUGUGGAGAGUGGCGAGGAUGAGUGA